AUGGCCUCCUUCUUCCCCAGAUUUCUGAAAUUUCUCCCCGCCGUCAGCUCAGCCUCCUACCCCGGUGGAUUUGGACCGCGCCCGCGACGUUGGUGGUACCCCAGAGCUCCCCCGCCGUCGCCGUCAAGCCAGCCGCUGCGAUUUCUUCGGUUUUCACCGAAUCGGCUCCGCCGUGUUCUCCCUCCUCCGGCGACCAAUUCCGACAACUCAGGUAUGAUGUCAGACCUGAUUACACGUCGUAGGGCGGUGACGACCACGCAGAGUACGGCGCCCCCGACUCAGCCGACAUCUGCUGCCACUGCUCCAGCAUCUCCUGCCACUGCGCCGGCACUGAUGGACCACUUGGCAGUUGGACCUGCGGGGUCCCAGGGGCCUGCCUCAUCCGCGUCAUCAGUGGCGCAGCCUGUUAGUGCCAGGCGGCGUCAACGGCCCCUCCAGCACCACCGAGACCACAUCCACUGA